AUGAACUUGGAUGAACUUGCUGGUCCCCUGGCGAGAUAUGGAGGGUCGCGGCCGACGCCCUGCGCCCAAGGAUCAAAGAUGCAGUACUCCGAUCCGGGGUUCUGGGAUACUCGAUUCAAAGAUGCCGAAGGCCUUUUCGAUUGGUAUGCUACGUAUGAAGAGCUGAGUGAUGCCUUUGAGCAGUUCUGCCCUGCAAGUGCUGUUGGUGAUCAAGGACUCCUGGUAGUGGGUUGCGGGAAUUCAUCUUUGUCCUCAGACCUUCAUUCUGCUGGCUACGCCAACAUCACGAAUAUCGAUGUGUCUGCUCCUGCUGUCGAGAAAAUGCAGGGGCAGUUUGAAGCCCUGCCAAUGCAGUGGAUGGUAAUGGAUGCAACAUCCAUGAGCUUUCCGUCCAACUCCUUCGGCGUCAGUGUCGACAAAGGUACGCUGGACGCGAUGAUGAGCUCUUACGCGGAUGAUCUUGCUGGAGCAAUGUGCAGGGAGGUGUGGCGGGUGUUGCAGCCCGGUGGCAUCUUCAUACUGGUGUCCCACAGCAGCAAGCGAAUGCCGAUCCUCCGAUCUGCACUGGGGAAAAAUGCCACUUGGCGUUGCUUGGAGCUCCGGCGCUGCCGCCUCUCCCCGCAGGCCACGCUCAUCAACGUGCUGCGGUCCAAGCUUCCCCCAAAGGGGAAGCUGGUGGAUGCCUUUCGGGACCCGCAGCUUCUACAGCAAGCGAGCUCCGAAGCAAAAGCUGCCCUAAAGCGUAUGGCCUUCAUCGAUGCCUUCCGCCUCUUCAAAGCCAGGAAGAGAGCUCAGGCAGGGCUCGAAGAGAGGCAUGAAGCUGACGAGGCAGAGGAGCUUCCGGGCGAGGAGGACCUGGUAACCGGGGCUGCCGGAGAGUCGCGCGACCCUCGCCUGCAGCCCUUCUGCUGGAUUUACGUGCUGCGCAAGUCCUGGCUCGGAGUAUUUUCCGGGUUGCUGGCCGUUUUUUUCGGUGCACGAUGCACGUGGAUGUCCAGCGUGAAGAGGCGCAGGUGUUCGUCGCAGGAGCUCCUUGGCUUGCCCAUCGAAGAAGCCCUCCAGGCGGCGGCGCUGGGGCUCUUUGAUCCUCUGGAGACCACCCGUGCGAUGUGCUGUGCGACAUUGGCCGAGCUCCUCAGGAAUGCGGGGCCGGAUGCAGAGCUCGGGACGGUCGGACAGGAUGUGCUGCGGCACGUCCUGGCACAAGUCGCCUCCAAUUCCGGGGAGGUGCGCCUUGCUGCGAUGGAGGUGCUGCAGCACUUCCCGCGCUGGGACACAGAGGUCUUGAACAAGGCCGUGAAGCUGCCGAUAUUUCGGAAGGUUCUCACUGAGGAGGAGAACCCUGCUGGAUCGGGCGGGAAGAGCUCCCAAACGGAUGAGAUCUGGCACGGGGCGCUCUUCUUUGCCCUUGAUGACGAAGAGCCGAUGAUCCGCGCACGCGCGCUCCACGUACUUCGAGUUGAGAUGUGUCAACGACGAGCCUCGGAAGAGGUGCCAGAAUUCAAAGGUUUCUUUCAGCGCCUCGCGGCAGUAGCUGCGCUGUGCCUGCAAGACACUAGCGACAUGGUACGUCAACAGGCCACAGCUCUUCUGAUGGAGAUCAUGUCAGUGAGAUCAGUGGGUCUGGCAAGGCAAUUAGUCGACAAGGCCAGCGCCCCGCUUUUGACGCAUGUUCUGCAAGCUUUUCCACGAGAUCCAGCAGCAGUAUUGGGUGUCUUGGAGAAGGCCCGCUUCGCUGACCUCCAAGCGCUCUACGACGCGGUCCUCUGGAUUCUGAAUGUGGAGCUGCCGCAGGGCCUGGACUCCCUGGACUUGGAGCCCGUCGCCUUUCGCUUGGCUGAGGAGCUGGAGCGGCUGGAGGCCAUGCCGGAGGUGUACAAAAAGGCCAAGAAGACCCUGAUGAUGGAUUCCGCUGCCCAGCCGGGUGUCAGGCUCCUCACGUCAACCGUGCUCUAUGGCUCCGAUCCAAUUGCGCCUGCAGGCAUCGCGGUGGGCCUCUCCCAGGGGAGGGGAUCCACUCAGAUGGAAAGGUUGCGGGUGCUGGUGGAUCAGGUUUCUCUGAGGAGCCCGGGAGCUGCCGAGCACCUGCGAGGUGACGAUGCGCUUUCGCCCUCGAGGAUCUCGGAGUCGCCGAAGGAAUCCACGUUGACUUACUGGAUCCAGUCGCUGGAAUGGCACUGGGACGUUGUUGCCACCGGGCUGACAGAGGCACCGUAUUCCGACCGACUGCGUGUGGCUGCCUCGCGGAUGAGUCAGCUCCAGCAGCACUUGUCGCUUGCCACUGCUGAGGCUUGCUCUGACGAGGACGCCUCCGGUCCUGUGGGCUCUGAUGGGGCAUCCAGAUUCGCAGCAGCCGCAGCUUGGGCAGAAGCUUUGAAGAGCCUGGCGGAGGCGGCGCAGCGCAGCUACGAGAUGGAAGGAGUGCCGCCUCGUGCCAGCGUCAAGCUUCACCAGGCCGUUUCCUGGCUGAUGCACGGCUUUCUUUGGCCCGUGCAGCCAUUUCCCAGGAUUCUGUUGGCGCUUCGUCUGCUGUCCCUGCGGCUGCUCGCUGAUGCGAAGCCAACGGGCUUUGUUCUGGAGGACCUGGAGAAGGGCGUGCAGGAGCUCGGAGGGCAAAUGCCAAGCAAGGCUUUGGAAACUGCAACGUCUUCUCGUCUCCUCCAGCGACCCAUAGGAGACUUCAUGCCAGCCAUGGGCAAGGGCUUCCUCCAAACCCUGCUGAAUGCGCCCGUGAAGCUGAGAACUGCGCGUCUCCGCUGGACGGAGUUGGGGAGGCCGAAGAUGCGAUCGGAUGGGCUUCGGCCGCUGCCGAUCUCGGUGGAUGUGGCUCACAGCUUCCCGCGGGGCCUCUUCUUGGCGGACAGCUCGAAGGCGGUGCUAGAGAAGGUGCCACCGUCCGGCAGCAGUCUGAGGACACAGCGAGUGGAAUGCAUCGCGCCCGGGCCGUGGUUUAGCCUCUGGCUGCUGCUCGACGUGGACGAUGCCAGCCUAGGUGCGCUCGGUGUCCCGAGCCUGGCGGGCGGCUCCACUGGCGUGAGUUCGCAGAGUGGUCUUCACAGGUAUGUCAAUCAAAUAGCCGUGGCCGAUCCCAUGGAGGUCAACCUCCUGGAGUCCAGCUUCGGUGUUGUGUAA